AGAGGGAUCCGUGCAGGCGGCGAUGAAUGGAGCUGAGCGCGCAACUUCUCUCCAGUCCUGCCGCCGCCGCCGCUGCUGCUGCUGGAGUUUCCUCUAGGAUUUGGCUUCUUCUGACAAGACGAGCUGGACUUUACUUCUUCUGCAAACAUGUAUUCAGCAGCAUUGCUUCUGAUGCUGGCCAUCAGGAUCUACGCAGAUAGCAUGGAGGGACCAACAGCUGGCUGUACCUUUGACGAGGACUCAGACCCCGGAUUGUGUGAAUACCGACAGGGCCAAGAAGAUGACUUUGACUGGCAGCUGAUCAGGACCUACAACUGGCCACACCCAACUACAGAUCUCCUGCGAGGGUCCUUCAUGAUGGUGAAUUCCUCGCAGCAUUACGGUGGCCAGCGGGCUCAGCUUCUCCUGCUCCCACUCAGCGAGAACGACACUCACUGCAUCCAGUUCAGCUACUUCCUAUACAGCCGUGAUGGCCACAGUCCCGGGGACCUGCAAGUCUUUGUCCGGGUAAACACGGGCCCCAAGGGCAGUGCAGUUUGGAAUAUCUCAGGCUCCCAGGGUCGCCAGUGGCACCAGGUGGAGCUCGCUGUGAGCACUUUCUGGCCCAGUGAAUACCAGGUCAUCUUUGAAGCGACCGUUUCUGAGGAGCGACAGGGCUAUAUUGCCUUGGAUGACAUAGUGCUGCUCAAUUACCCCUGCUACAAGGUGCCUCAUUUCUCUCGGCUGGGUGACGUGGAGGUGAAUGCCGGGCAGAAUGCCUCAUUCCAGUGUGUCGCCACGGGAAAAGUUUCGGAGACUGAGCCCUUCCUACUCGAGCGGAGAAAUGGCGUGGUGCUGGACACGCCCAUGCUGUCUCGGUUGAGUCACAAGCGGCUGAUGGCGACCUUCCAGGUGGAGGCGCAGCGUGGAGAGCAGGACCUCUACCGCUGCAUCACCCUGUCCCCCAGAGGUGCCGCUGUCUCCAACUUUGGAGAACUCAUCGUCAGAGUGCCCCCGACACCGAUUGCACCCCCCCAGCUUUUGCGGGCAGGUCCCACCUAUCUGAUCAUCCAGCUCAACACUAACUCCAUCGUGGGGGACGGACCAGUCAUCCGGCGGGAAAUCCAGUACCGGGCCAGCCAGUCCACGUGGACAGAGACUCACGGUGUGGGCUCGCUUACAUAUAAGGUAUGGCACCUGGAGCCAGACACAGAGUAUCACAUCAGUGUCCUGCUCACCCGGCCUGGGGAGGGAGGCACCGGAGCACCCGGACCCCCACUGAUCAGCAGGACAAAGUGUGCAGAGCCCAUGCGUGCCUUGCGGGGUUUGACAGCCACCGAGAUCCAGCCCCGGCAGCUGACCCUCCAGUGGGAGCCACUGGGAUAUAACCUCACCCGUUGUCACACCUACACCUUGUCGCUGUGCUACCGCUACUCCAUGCCGACAGGGGGUAGCGGAGGAAACAACGCGACCGUCAGGGAAUGCCUCUCCGUGGACCGCAACACUUCCCACUUCACCCUGAGAGACCUGCCGCCCUUUCGCGCGGUGCACGUUCGGCUGGCGCUGGCCAACCCCGAAGGCAAGAAAGAGAGCAAAGAGGUCACCUUUCAGACUGAGGAAGACAUUCCUGGCGGCAUCGCUCCGGAGUCCCUGACCUACCCGCUCGAUGACAUGAUAUUCCUCAAGUGGGAGGAGCCCAUAGAGCCAAACGGUCUCAUCACGCAGUACGAGAUCAGCUACCAGAGUAUUGAGUCGUCAGAUCCAGGUAUUAAUGUCCCAGGUCCUCGCCGUACAGUGUCCAAGCUGAGAAAUGAGACCUACCUGUUCUCCUCUAUCCUCAUUCUCCUUCUCCUCUCUCCCGGCCUCCAUCCUGGAACCACCUAUCUGGUGUCUGUCCGUGCCAGAACGACCAAGGGCUUUGGGCAGACUGCGCUCACUGAGAUCACCACCAACAUCUCUGCUCCGGUGUUUGACUAUGAAGACAUCCCCUCUCCACUGAGUGAGUCGGAGAGCACCAUCACUGUGCUGCUGCGCCCUGCCCUGGGGAGAGGGGCUCCUGUCAGUGCCUACCAGGUGGUGGUGGUGGAAGAGGAUGGGUCCCGUCAGGUGAGGAAGAGGGAGCUGGGCACCGUGGACUGUUUUCCCACUCCAAACUCACACAACGAAGCCCAGGCCAAAGGGGCCCCACAUUACUACACAGCUGAGUUGGCUCCCAGCAGUCUGCCAGAGGCCACGCCUUUCACAGUGGGUGACAAUCACACCUACAACGGCUAUUGGAACAGUCCUUUAGACCCGACCAAGAACUACCUCAUCUACUUCCAGGCCACCAGCAACUUCAGAGGGGAGACCAGGAUCAACUGUAUUCGGAUCGCACGCAAAGCUGCUUGUAAGGAUUCUAAGAGGGCUCUGGAGGUAUCCCAGCAUGCCGAGGACAUGGGUCUGAUCUUGGGAGCCUGCGCUGGUGGCCUCGUGGUCCUCAUUCUGCUGCUGGGGGCCAUCGUCAUUAUCGUCAAGAAGGGUAGGAAGAAGGUGGCCAUAAACAAGGCAGCCAUGUCCUACAGGCAGGAGAAGAGUCGGAAGCUGAGCUCUCUGGAUUGCAGCAUGACAGAGCAGAGCACUCUCCAGCAAGAUGAGAGGAUGGCUCAUUCCUUCAUGGAUGCCCACGGCUGCAACGCUCGAAACGAGCAGCGGAGCUCCGUCAACGAGUCCAGCAGUUUACUGGGAGGCUCACCCCAACGUCACUGUCGGAGGAAGAGCUCGCCAUAUCACACGGGUCAGCUCCAUCCUGCUGUAAGGGUGGCUGACCUCCUCCAGCACAUCAACCAGAUGAAGACAGCUGAGGGAUAUGGUUUCAAACAGGAGUAUGAGAGUUUUUUUGAUGGCUGGGAUGUCACAAAAAAGAAAGACAAGACCAAAGGAAGGCACGAUAGCCUGCUAAGCCAUGAUCGUCAUCGAGUCAAGCUCCACUCCCUCCUUGCAGAUCCCAGCUCCGAUUAUGUCAAUGCCAACUACAUCGACGGCUACCAGCGAUCAAACCACUUCAUCGCCACUCAAGGCCCCAAGCAAGAGAUGAUCUACGAUUUCUGGCGGAUGGUUUGGCAGGAGAAUUGCUUCAGUAUUGUCAUGAUCACUAAGCUGGUGGAGGUGGGCAGGAUGAAGUGCUGUAAGUACUGGCCUGAUGACACAGAGCUCUACGGUGACAUCAAGAUAACACUGCUGAAGACUGAAACACUGGCAGAGUACACCGUGCGCACCUUUGCCAUGGAGAGGAGAGGUUACCCUGCCAAACACGAGGUGUGCCAGUUCCACUUCACCUCUUGGCCUGAGCACGGGGUGCCGUACCACGCUACUGGCCUGCUGGCUUUCCUGCGCCGGGUCAAGGCCUCAACUCCUCCUGACGCUGGACCUGUGGUGGUCCACUGCAGCAUGGGGGCAGGCAGGACCGGCUGCUACAUCGUUCUAGAUGUCAUGUUGGAUAUGGCUGAGUGUGAAGGAGUGGUGGACAUCUACAACUGUGUUAAGACCCUCUGCUCCCGCCGCAUCAACAUGAUCCAGACUGAAGAACAGUAUGUUUUCAUCCACGAUGCCAUCCUGGAGGCUUGCCUGUGUGGAGAAACGGCUAUCCCCGUAACCGAGUUUGCACUCACCUACAAGGAAAUGCUAACGGUGGACUCUCAGAGCAACACCUCGCAGCUGAAAGAGGAGUUUCAGACCCUGAACUCUGUGACUCCUCACCUGGAUGUUGAGGAGUGCAGCAUCUCCCUUAUGCCCAGGAACCGCGAGAAGAACCGCAGCAUGGAUGUCCUGCCGCCGGACCGCUCGCUGGCCUGUCUCGUCACCACCGAGGGAGAGAGCAGCAACUACAUCAACGCAGCGCUCGCAGACAGCUUCCUCCGGCCCGCCGCCUUUGUGGUGACGCCGCACCCGCUGCCCGGCACCACCACCGACUUCUGGAGGCUCGUGUACGACUAUGGCUGCACCUCUGUGGUGAUGCUCAACCAGCUCAACCAGUCCAACUCAGCCUGGCCUUGUCUGCAGUAUUGGCCUGAACCGGUGCAGCAGUUUGGACCCAUGACUGUGGAGCUUCUGUCCAGGACAGCUGAUGAUGAUGUUAUAAUUCGUCUCUUCCGGGUUCAGAAUAUCACUCGGCUUCAGGAAGGCCAGCUUGUGGUACGUCACUUCCAGUUCCUGCGUUGGUCUCCGUACCGUGACGUGCCCGAUUCCAAGAAAGCCUUCCUCGGCCUUUUGGCUCAGGUUCACAACUGGCAGCGGGAGUGUGGGGAGGGACGCACCGUCGUUCAUUGCCUGAAUGGUGGUGGUCGAAGUGGGACUUUCUGUGCUUGCACCAUGAUCCUGGAAAUGAUUCGACACCACAGCAUGGUGGAUGUGUUCUUUGCUGCCAAAACGCUGCGCAACUCUAAGCCAAACAUGGUGGAGACAAUGGAACAGUACCGGUUCUGCUAUGACCUGGCCCAGGAGUACCUGGACUGUUUGGAAGUCAGAUAG